GAACUUUGAGUCCGACCUGAUGGCGGAGGAAUGCGUUCGAUUCAGAAACAAAUGUCCCCUUUACGUUCCUACUGAGUGUGCAUGUAUUUAAAUCAGGUUUGCAUUUGAAUGUAUUUCUUGUUUGAUGCACGGGCCGUGGUAGCAUUACAUAAGGGAGAUGUGUCGGUGGGAAGAGAGGAAAUAGAAGUGUGAGUAACGGAAGGAGUCCGGGAGUCCUGAACGGUACGCCGAAGGAGACGGAGGCUGCGUCGUCCAGAGACACAAAUACACACAGACAGCCAGACAAAACGCAGGGUUGAAAUCUGCACAUACUAAAAUGGCUAAGCACGAUCUAGUACAGAAGGCUAAGCUUGCUGAGCAGGCCGAGCGCUAUGAUGACAUGGCUGCAGCCAUGAAGUCGGUGACAGAGCACGGCGAAGAGCUUUCUAAUGAGGAGCGCAAUCUUCUGUCGGUUGCCUACAAGAAUGUGGUAGGAGCUCGUCGUUCAUCCUGGCGUGUCAUUUCCAGCAUUGAGCAGAAGACUGAAGGCAAUGACAAAAAACAGCAGAUGGCACGUGAAUACCGAGAGAAGGUUGAAGCUGAGCUGCAGGAAAUAUGUGAAGAUGUGUUGUACCUUCUGGAUACAUUUCUCAUUGCCAAAGCAACAUCUCCUGAAAGCAAGGUGUUCUAUCUGAAAAUGAAGGGUGACUAUUAUAGAUACCUUUCUGAGGUUGCAAGGGAGGAUUCAAAGCAGUGUAAUGUGGAGAAUUCCCAGUCAGCCUAUGAAAGCGCUUUUAAAAUUAGCAAGGAGGAGAUGCAACCAACGCACCCUAUCAGGCUUGGCCUGGCGCUCAACUUUUCAGUGUUCUAUUAUGAAAUCCUCAAUAACCCGGACAAGGCCUGCAAUCUGGCUAAAACGGCAUUUGAUGACGCCAUCGCUGAACUUGACAGUUUGAAUGAGGAUUCUUACAAAGACAGCACUCUGAUCAUGCAACUACUAAGGGACAACCUGACUCUGUGGACAUCGGAAAGCCAGGGAGAUGAAGCAGAGACUGGAGAAGGGGAGAACUAAUGAUUUUGCACUGUUGAUUCACCUAUACUCUUAAACACAGACGGCUUAUAUACAUCCUCCUCCACUCCAUCGGCCCCUCUCCCUUCUGUAUGACAAGCAGCCUGAAUUGCUCCUGAUUGGCUACUUUGCCUCUGUACCCCUCUCAGGUCACUGAGGUGAAAGGGGAAUUUUCAGUUGUUAGCAGAUUCAGACAUGUGGUGGUAACAUGUUGUAUUGACUAGUGAGUCCAUGUUGCUGUUGUUUUGUCGGUGUAGUUUUCUCGUUGGUAUGAGAGGCAGUGUGAAUGUAUGUCAAGAUGUACACGAUUUGUGGUGAGGGGUGUUUUGAAUUCUUGAUCAUUUCUCUCAAAAAAGUAGAUUUUUUUUUUUUUUUUUUUUUUUCCCUUCUUGUCCUCAUAUUGACAGGUUCUCUAGUACAGUAAAUAGUGACGGUUCAUUUCCACAAAACACUGUGACAGUAGAUUUUGGCAAUUUGCUUCACAGGACUAGUUGAAAUUGCGACACACUAAAAUUCUGCAUGUAACUGACCGCAAUUCUGCUGUGGGCUCAUACAGAAAGGAGGCAGGCUGUAUUGUGACACUGACAUCUCUGUGCAACGCUCCUUUUAUUAUGUACACAGUCAGUUUUUAAGGGCCUUUUCAUGGUAGAUUUGUUCAAGCGUUUCGAAUUUGGUUUUUGGAAAAAAGCUCCAUCUGAAUGAAGUAUAGUUUUUGUAGAAUUUGCUCACUGUCUGGGUGCUGCUAGAACUCCGUACAAUGAAACAAACUGUAUGAGUGUGUGUAUAUGUACACGUGGUUCUGUGCAUUUUUGCAAGACGAUCAUGUAUUUAAAACCUAAACUUUCACUGGUGUUAACUGAAAAUGUCUUCCCACAUUGUACCAACCCUGCUUGCAAAAUAUUACAUGUCAAGGAUUUUUCUUUGUAUUGCAAAGUGUUUUCUCCUUUUGUACCCGGCUUUUUGCUUGCAGUUUAUAAUUUUAAGUUGCGUAGCCAGAUACGAUUGUUGCAGUUCUCAGAAAAGAGGCUCAAAUGGGACAUAUUUCAGCUGGUAAAUCUUUUCAGAUUUUUACCCAGUUGCACGACGGUUCCUUAUAAAGCUUGUGACUGAAUGAUCACCUCAAAAAUCGGGUGUACUAUGAAUAUUCCGACUGAAGUCCCAUUCCACUUUGGAACGAAGCUCAGUGUCACAAUACCACAUAUCACUACAUUCCACAUCUAAUUUGAAGCCACUUCUCCAGGUUAUAGCUGACAGUUUACUCUGGCAAUGCUUAAAUUAAUUUAAAAAUGUUCUGUUUUGGGGGAGAAAAAUGUCAGUUCAUGAUUAUGCUUGAUGAAAAUGCAGUUAGUGAAUGUGGAAAGAAGCCUGUCUGUAUAUCAGGUAUCUCAACUUGCUUUGUUUUUACUGACAAGUCUUUUGGCUAAAAAUUUGCUUCUGUAACAGUCUAUUAUCCAGUGCACACACGUGGUUGUGAAAAUGUAGAAUAGCUCUAAAAAGCAACAAAGAAACAGAGAUAAAACAGUGGUUGGUGUAAUUCUAGCUUUGUGUUUGUGUUUAAGACCAUUCUAGUUUCACUACAAGUAAGAAAUAGGAAAGUGUCAAAGACCAUUCAGUGAAAUAAAGUUUCGUUUAAAAUAAA